AUGAGACAAAGAAACAUCCACUCCGAAAAAAUCGGCGAUGAAAGACUUGCACAGCUUCAAAAUUCGGACGUCCGGGAGCGAUUCUUGGGGAGACUGUUGCUGAAUUUAGUCAAUCUUAUCAACUUUCCACAGCUUCUACUCGACGGUCUUGAUAUCGGUAUUCAUUCUGCAGGCAGCAGAUAUGUGACUUUAUUGAGCGUAGCUGAGAUUGUUUGUGAAGAUUUCACCAACAAGAAAAUGACUAGCUCAAAAACUGUACUUCGGAGUGAUGAGGAGAAGGUGCAGUGGAAAUAA